AUGGUUUUCAAUAAAGAAGAUUACAAGUACGACGGAUUUGUUGUAUCCGAAAUAGAAGAAGGUUUUGCCCAUGUUCAAUUUAACAGGCCUAAGAAUUUGAAUGCUUUUUCAACCAAGAAUUGGCAAGACUAUGGGGAAAUCUUAUACAAAUUAGAUGCUGACUCGAGUACUAAGGUGAUUUUAAUUUCUUCCACUGUUGCCAAAUCUUUCAGUAGUGGGCUUGAUUUAAAGGAUGCAUUGGUACUUUUCCAAGGUGGUGGUAAAGAUGAUAGUCGGGAUUUCAAAGAACGUUACGAUGGUUUGAAUAAGUAUAUCACUGACUUUCAGCAUGCUAUUGGUGCUCCUGCUCGAAUUAAAACCCCCACCAUUUGUUUGUUGAAUGGUCUUAAUAUCGGUUUGGCUCUUGAUAUUUCUUCUGCUACCACCAUUCGUGUUGCUACUCAAGAUGCAAAGUUUUCCAUUCGUGAAAUCAAAGUUGGUAUAAUUGCUGAUAUCGGUGUUUUACAAAGACUCCCUUCUAUUGUCAAUAACCAAUCCAGAUUAAACCAGUACGCUUUGACCGGGGAAAAUUGGUCUGCUCAAGAUGCUUGGGAUUUGGGGUUUGUCAGUAAAGUUGUUCCUGAUCUUAAAUCAGGUAUCGACUACUGUAUUGAAUUAGGUCAAAGUAUUAAUACCAAUAAAGCCUGGACCAUCCAAGGUACGAAAAACUCCCUUCAACAGAUAUAUGACGGUGGACUCGUUCAAGACGGGUUGAAAGAAGUUGCCAUUGUCAAUGCCUUCAACAUUGACAACGACUUUGGGCCCAAACUCUAG